AUGUCUAGAUGUCGGUCGGUCGGUCGUUCGAGGCGCGUCGGCGUCGGCGCCGGCUCGCGGAAUGAGUGCACGGUCCUCUUGCGCAGAGCCCGCUUCGUGGCGCCCACCCGCUCCGGUAUUUUUGACGCAAACUUUGGAAACGCGAUGACCGCCGAUUAUACGGAUGCCGUCCGCGAAGGAUCGCACCCGAAAGCCGAAAAGCGUGUCGGCCGCGCUGACGUCAUCACCCGCCUCAGCCCCCUCACCGCAAGGUCAAGGCGCACUCAUCACACCUUCUGGUCAGUCGUGUACGAGUGUCGAUACGUACGGAAGUCCAACACUGUGGACGCACUCAAUGGCGUCACUGCAACUAAUGUCCCCGCUAACACUGUUAUCGAUCACGCGAUGUUUACGUUCUGCUGCCACGGGAACGUACUUGUAACCAAUGGCGACGCGAUAUUAGCGGUUUCCGUUUAUUUAAUUAAACCGUAA